UUCGUGCCAAACAGGAUGGUUUUGAAUCUGGUCCGCUCAGGGGGCCUGCUGUUGUCCAGAAGUAGGGUGGCGAGGACUGCACAUCAACUACAAUAUGUGAGAACAACGUCAGGCUGUCGUGAACUCAGCUCAGCCAGUGUGGAGCUUCCCUCUGAGGCACGAGUGGUGAUCGCUGGAGGAGGGAUCGUCGGCUGCUCGGUGGCGUAUCAUCUGGCCAAGGCUGGCUGGACUGAUGUGGUGCUGCUGGAGCAGGGGAGAUCAGAAGGUAUCCAGUGUGAGCUGAUCGGGCCUAAAGACGUCGCUGCUCAGGUUCCCCUGCUGAGGGUGGAUGACCUGAAGGGCGCGCUGUGGAUACCCGGGGACGGGACGGCAUCACCUUCUGAUGUCAUGCAGUCUCUGGCAAAAGGAGCAACGUCACGAGGAGUACAGAUUCACCAGAAAGUUUCCGUGGAAACCGUCCUGACAGACACUGGUAGAGUGGCCGGGGUACGCACCAACCAAGGCGACAUCAGAUGUGAAUACUUCGUGAACUGUGCUGGACAGUGGGCAUGGCAGCUGGGUCAACUGUCCAGUCCACCUGUCCGUGUACCGCUGCAUUCCUGUGAACACUUCUAUGUCGUCACUAAACCCUUCCCUGGAGUAACCAACAACCAGCCAGUUAUCAGGGACCCUGACGGCAUGCACUACUCACGUGAGUGGAGUGGAGGUGUCAUGGUAGGAGGCUUUGAACUGAACCCCAAGCCGGUCUUCACCGAUGGUAUUCCGCCAAAGUUUGAGUUUCAACUGUUAGAGGAAGACUGGGACCACUUCAUGCCAGUCAUGGAGCAGGCGACACACCGUAUGCCAGCCCUACAGGAUGCAGAGAUCAGACAGUUUCUAAACGGGCCAGAGAGCUUCACCCCUGAUAUGGCACCUAUACUGGGGGAAGCGCCAGAGCUGCCGGGCUACUUUGUAGCUGCUGGGAUGAACUCAGGAGGAAUAGCCAGUGCAGGUGGUGUGGGGAAGGUCAUGGCUGAAUGGAUCAUCUCAGGGGACCCUCCUGCCGGCACCUGGCCGGUCGACAUCCGCAGGUUUGGAGAGAUGCACAACAACAGGAGAUACCUCAGAGAAAGGGUCAAGGAAAUAUUGCCGAUGCACUACCUCCAAAACUACCCAAAGCAAGAGUUCCAGUCAGCUCGAAGGGUUCUGAUGUCACCCCUGUAUUCCGUCCUGGAGAGGGCAGGUGCUGUGUUCGGGGAGACCAUGGGGUAUGAGAGGGCUAACUGGUUCUCAAGGCCAGACUCAGACGACUUGCCAAAGCAGCAAAAGGGGACAUUUGGGAAGCCAUCAUGGUUUGAUGCUGUGCUGAGAGAGUACUUUGUCUGCUGUGAAAAUGUCGGCAUUGUUGAUAUGUCUUCAUUAACCAAAUUUGAAGUACAGUCCUCAGGUGAUGAGGUGGUGACGUACCUACAGAGGCUGUGCUGUAAUGAGGUGGAUGUUCCAGUGGGGACGGUGCUGCACACCGGGAUGUUGAACCACUACGGAGGCUACGAGAAUGACUGCAGGAUAGCUCGACUGGCCAACAAUCAUUACGUCAUCAUCUCGCCACCCAAUCAGCUGGUGCGGAGCUGGGCGUGGCUAACCCGUCAUCUCCCCGGAGACGGAUCUGUACAGAUUAAGGACGUGACGCGGAGCUAUGCUGCUCUCAAUGUUCUCGGUCCCAGGGCGAGGGAGCUGAUGGGCAGUCUGACUGAUGUCGUCACCAUGAGCAGCCAUAACUUCCCGCCAAAUGUCUGCAGGGAAUUGAGCAUUGGUUUUGCCCCUCGUGUUCGUGCUAUGACCAUCAGCCAUGUUGGGGAGCUGGGCUGGAUGUUGUAUGUUCCACAAGAGUAUGCUUUACACCUCUAUCUCUACAUCAUGAAGAGGGGUCGAGCAUUUGGGAUCCGUAAUGUCGGCCACUAUGCCAUCAGUCACCUAUGUUUGGAACAUGGUGUUCCUUCACUGGGAACUGACCUGAACUCAUCUGUCACUCCAUUUGAAAGCCAACAGGAGCACACUGUCAAAUUAGACAAGGAUUUCAUUGGUCGAUCUGCCCUGCUCAAACAGAAGCAGGAAGGAGUGAGACAGAAAUUUGUCAUGUUCCUAUUGGACAAUCAUGACCUGGAGAAUGACCUUUGGCCUUGGGGAGGGGAGCCAAUCUGGGAGGGUGGAAGGGUUGUUGGCAGGACAACGUCAGCCGGCUAUGGAUACACGCUGAAGAGACAGAUCUGCCUUGGUCUUGUGCGUAACCCAGAUGGAAAGACAGAAGAGGGGAAGGUAGUCACUGAUGACUUCAUAACAAAAAACAAGUUUGAGAUUGACAUUGCUGGAAAACGUUUCUCUGCCACAGCCCAACUGUUACAGCCUGUUUUGACUCAUUGACACAAGAUCACUUGAAAACCUGUCCAAGAUGUAAAGACCUGUUCUUGGUGUUGACAUCACCUACAUUAUCCAACAGGCCUGUCCUUCAUGAGGAACACCAUUACACAAUUCAGCAGAGCCCUUACUGGUGCUGAAUAACAUUUCUACAAUCCAGCAGGGAUGUCCUUGGUGCUGAACACCAACUAGCUGACAUGUUAAUGGUGCUUAAAAAGAUCUACACAACCUUAGAGGCCUGUCCUUGGUGCUGAACACCAACUGU